AACAUCUGGUUCGUGCGCGUCACAUCCGGAUUUUUUAGUUUAGAUCCGGAUUUUGGCGAUGAACGCAUCAAGCCUCAGCCAAUCAGGAGCAUUCGCGCCAUUUAUAUAGUUAUUUACUGAACGUGAAUAUGUCUGCUAAGAAUAAUGUUGUUAAUUUGUUCAAAUUACACGGUCUUGCAGUGCGCAGUGAUGGAGCCAAGUACCUGUGUGACCUACUUAAUCCACUGCCCAAACAUGAACAUGAUAAGUGGAUUGAGAAGGUUAUAGAAGCUGUUCAAAAACUUCCAAUAAGUUCAACAUUAAUAUCUAAGGAAGACAUCCACAAAGCUGCCCAGGAAGUUGGCACUUCUGAAAAUGAUGAUAUUGAAAACCUUUUGCAAAUUGUGGAUAUCUACAAAGUUCCCAAAUUAAUUUACAAUACAGAGAGGAAGAAAUUUGUGCUAGCACCAGCAAGAGCCCGGGACUUACAUGGAGAUCCAUCAGAUAAGGCUGGGAUUUUUCGGGACAGAUACAGCAUAGUUUAUCAGAGAACGUGUAAUCAUGAUCUGUUUCGUCAGCCAGUUGUUGGAAACACUGAUGAGGAUAGCAAGAAAUUUGGCCUUGUGAAGGUCGAGUAUCUGUUGGGAUCAAGCUCCCGCUUGGAAGGUGUGGUAGCAUUAGGUCUAUUAACACAACUGAUUGAGGGUCAACACCAUCUUGAAGAUGACACAGGGGCUGUUCAUCUUGAUCUUACCAAUGCUAAAUUCCACCCAGGUUUAUUUACACACAAUUGCUUUAUCUUGGUGGAAGGAUGGUAUGAAGAUGGAAUGCUACAUGCCAGUGCUAUUGGGCUGCCACCUCCUGAGGCUUCCAGCUCAACAAGGGCACUGAUGGGGAACAUCAAUUAUUUUGGUGGUCAAGGAAGCGUAUGCUCGAAAAAUGUUAUAAAACUCCAGCAAGCCGAGCAGGAGAAUAAGGAUGCUAUGUUCGUUAUAUUGUCGGAUGUCUGGUUAGAUAAAAUUAAGGUUACAGAAAAGUUGCGGACACUUUUUACUGGUUAUGCUCAGUUCCCGCCAGUGGCUUUCAUCUUCUGUGGUAAUUUCUUAUCAGUCUGCCAUGGAGCUGAGCAGGCACCUGAGUUACGUCAAGCACUGACAUCACUGGGAACCCUCAUUGCAGGGUUCCCUGAACUCAUGGCUCACUCCAAGUUUAUCUUUGUACCAGGACCCAGUGAUCCUGGACCAGGCAGCAUCUUUCCCAGACCUCCACUGCCAAAGUAUGUAACUGAAGAAAUAAAGAAAACAGUGCCAAGUGCCAUCUUUGUUUGCAACCCGUGUCGUCUGCUUUACUGUACCCAAGAAAUUGUUAUCUUUCGGGAAAAUAUUGUAGCCAAGAUGUGUCGGAACUGUGUUUAUUUUCCCACCAAUUCUGAGGACAUUCCAGCUCAUUUUGCAAAGACACUAUUGAGUCAGAGUCAUCUGGCAGCACUGCCUCUUCAUGUUUUGCCCGUGUACUGGGGACUUGACCACUGCCUCUCCCUCUACCCAACACCAGACGUAAUUAUCACUGCUGACAAAGGAGAUGCAUUCGCCACAACAUACAACCACUGUGUGAUCAUGAAUCCGGGCUCAUUCUCCAAGACAGACUUCAGUUUUAAAGUUUACUUUCCUGCAACGAGACAAGUUGAAGACAGUCAAAUUGGAGAUGAGGACAUUUAGCAUUUUUUUAACACAUCCUAAACAUGUUCAAUCAGAUAAAAAUAUGUGAAGAAUUUCCAGUUGAAGAGGACUUGGAAAGCAAGGCCUGGAGAUACCUCACCUGGACAGCUAUUGGAUUAGGGUUGGCAGCUACUGCAUCAUUUUUCACUUCUCAUU